AUGCGGCAGUUUACCUUUAUCUUUCUUUCAUAUUUUGCGAUAAUUAUAAAAGGUGACGUGUCAAGCAAUCUAGAAUCGCGCAAUCCCCUCAUUGAUAUAAUUCUCAAGAAAAUUAGUAAAAUAUCUUCAGAAUCCGUCCAAAAUGGGACAUAUAUUGACGAUGACGAUGAGUUUAAUAAAAUCGAGAAACAACUCAAAAAAGCAGCAGAGCCUUUAGGAGAAAAAGGUGACAAAUAUGUCAAACUGAUUAUGCGAGGAAUCCGAUCCGGUAAAAAUAAGAUCAAAAAAAUAAAUGACAUUAUGAGUAAUUCUAAUCAAGAUGAAUUACUAGCAAGUGAUUUACAUGAAAAUGUACGUAACUCAAACAGAGAGGAUCUUGAAGCAAAUACAAUGGAUGCAUCUUUGCAAACAAAAAUCAAUGUAACGAAGGGUGAAAAAGAAAACAUUUUUAAUUCUAUUGAAGAUAAGUUACGAAAAGCUGCAGUACCACUGGGCGAUCAAGGAGAAAAAUACGUCAAAAUAAUUAUGCGAGGAAUUCGCAAUGGCAACAAGAAUAUCAAAUUAACAGUCAACGAUAAAUCAUUAGAUAAGAGUAAACAUUACAAAAUUGGACACGGAAAGCCACGUGAUACCAUGUUACAUUAUAUAAUCGAAAGAAUUGGUAAGUUGUCUCUGGAUUCAAUUCGUCAAAUUAAAACUGACUCUGAAUUUGAAGAUAAAAUCAAAUCGGUCGAAAAUAACUUAAAAAUAGCAGCGGAGUCAAAAGGAGAAAAGGGAAAGAAAUACGUAGACUUAAUUCUGCGGGCUUUACGGCGCAUUUAUAGACAGACUCGUGAUGUAGAUUAUAACAAUAAAGUAACGAUGUCUGAUGAAGUUGAUAAAGUCGUUGAUCAUACCUAUAAAUUACAUAAUAUGAUUAAAAUUGAUGAAGGUAAUGAUAGACUAAGAAACCAAGUAAUUCAAGACAUAGCAAGUACUGUUAAGAAACUCAUAAUAAAAUAUCAUACAUCUGGAAAUGAUACAUUAUUAUUACAAGAAAUCAAAAUGAAAUUAUUUGAAAGUUUGAAGCAUAAAGAUUUAAUAAACACCAAUGAUGAUAUAAGGUCAUUAACUAACUUGCUAAUUGAUGGAAUAAAUGCAGCGAUAACAAAUUUAAACAUGAAUAGACGAUACGGUAACAGAAUUCCACAUAACAUAAAUAGCAUAUUAGAAUUUAAAAGACCUCAAGAAAAACCAUCAGUUUCUUAUAAAGAAUGCAGGGAUACGGUCAACAAAACUUGUUCUAAUAUAAAUUUAAUAAAAUCCCUAAAAUGCUCUAAUGCGAAUGAAAUAAUCCACAUAACUCAACUUUGCAAUGGAAAUGCUGAUUGCUCUGAUUAUUCAGAUGAAAAGUAUUGCACAGAACAGGCUAUCAAAAAGCUUCGAUUUGCACAUAACAUUCUUACUGGUAUAAAUAAACCAUUAGAAAACGGUUGCUUUCCGGGUGCUAUGAAUCCAAACUUACUUUCAAGACAAAAUAAUUUUUUACAAGAUAUAUUAAAUUCCCAAUUAGAAUUUAUUGAAAAAUAUAAAUCUGAACAUCGUAUUAAACUUGCAACAAAUGGCAAUACAAGAAAUCGUCUAAUAAAUGAAAUUACUGAUGUAUUAAGCACUUUGACAAUGGCGCUAGAUAAAGCUUUUUGUUCUAAUAAAAAUACUCGAAGAUUUAAUAAAAUCCUGGACGAAGAAGAUCCUUGGCCAACAGAUAAGUGGCCCCCUACGUCAUGUCCCUGUCUUCAAGGACCGUGUCAGAAUUGUACCUACCCGUGCAAAAGAAUAUGUUGGCACAAGAGUAGUUUACUAAAUUGGAACUGCGAGUCUGUAAACCAGUCAUCUAUGGUACCUUUAAGUGUAAUUUGUGAUGGUAAAAUUGACUGUUUUGAUGAAUCCGAUGAAAAAGGAUGUUUUUUAGCUACAACACAUGGUAAAUUUGCCGCUCACAAGAAUUUUAUUGAAGUAACAGAUGCUUUAAAAUUGAAAGCAUCUAAAGAUUACAAAGCUGAAAGAAAUAAAAUCUGGGUACUUAUCCACGCAGUGUAUGAUCUAGAAAAGAUAAGCCUUAAACCGAACCCUAACCCAGCGUCACUUAAGGAACAUCGAAACGAGUGCUUUAACUUAAUCACAAUGGUUUAUACUGAAUUAUUAAAGCAUACAUCUUAUGCAUUUGAAGCUGAGGAACUGUACCAAUUUCUGUUGAAUAUAAACCAACAGCUGGGCACGAUUAUUAAGCAAAUUGGUACGGGAAACAAGAAAGUCAUAUCAGGCGGAUGUUUCUGUAGAGAGGAAAAAUGUGCAGUUUCCUAUUGUACUAGAAAAUGUAAGAAGGCUUGCGCUGUUGAACUUAAAUUCACUAAAUAUUAUUGUUUGGGUAAACUUAAUAAAUCAAUUGAUAUUGAUAAAAUUUGUGAUGGAACUCCCGACUGCUCAUUAGAAGAUGAUGAACGAGACUGUAAAAAAGAGAUGUGUCGAAAUCAUCAUCUAAGGUUGUUACAAUUUAAAAUUGAAGACGUUGGUGUCAAACAGAAAGGUACUUCGAUGGGUGAAGUUCUAUCCACUUGGAAAGAAAAGGUCAUAAAUACCUUAAAGGUAGCUGAAAAAUCUGGAAAACCAACGCCAAAAGUGAUCAAAGAAAUUGUAAAGGGUGCUCUAAGGGAUCUCGUAAUGACCUACGGUUCUGUGGAGGAGUACCGACGGAAGAAUAACAAUUAUGCUCUAGAUGAGUUUACUUUAAUAGCUCAAAAUGUUCUCGAUACUGUACGAUCUUGUAGCAAAUAA